UACACUUCUUCAUAUUGCAAAAUUAGCAUCAUCUCAAAGAAAAGAAAAGAAAAAAAAGGAUAAAAAUGGCCACUUCUGCAAUUCAACAAUCUGCAUUUGCUGGCCAAACAGCACUUAGGUCACAAAAUGAAUUUGUUAGGAAAAUUGGUAGCUUUGAUGGUGGACGUAUCACCAUGAGACGUACUGUCAAAAGUGCACCACAAAGCAUUUGGUAUGGAGAAGACAGGCCAAAGUACUUGGGACCAUUUUCUGAGCAAACUCCAACAUACUUGACUGGUGAGUUCCCUGGUGACUACGGGUGGGACACUGCUGGACUCUCAGCUGACCCUGAGACAUUUGCUAGGAACCGUGAGCUUGAGGUGAUCCAUUGCCGUUGGGCCAUGCUUGGUGCUUUGGGAUGUGUCUUCCCUGAAAUCCUUUCCAAGAAUGGUGUUACAUUCGGUGAGGCUGUUUGGUUCAAGGCUGGAUCUCAAAUUUUCUCAGAAGGCGGUCUUGACUACCUUGGUAACCCAAACCUUAUUCAUGCACAGAGCAUUCUUGCAAUUUGGGCAGCCCAAGUUGUGCUAAUGGGGUUUGUGGAAGGAUACAGAAUUGGUGGAGGUCCACUAGGUGAAGGCCUUGACAAGAUCUACCCAGGAGGCGCCUUUGACCCUCUUGGUCUUGCUGAUGAUCCUGAGGCAUUUGCUGAGUUGAAGGUCAAGGAAAUCAAGAAUGGACGAUUGGCUAUGUUUUCGAUGUUUGGUUUCUUUGUUCAAGCUAUUGUUACUGGAAAGGGACCAAUUGAGAACCUUUACGACCACAUUGCUGAUCCAGUUGCCAACAAUGCUUGGGCUUACGCCACAAACUUUGUACCCGGAAAAUGAAUUUACUACUCUCUAAUCUGUAAAAAAUGUGGAGCUACUGCAUGUUUUUUAUGUAUUAUAUAUGAACUUGCUAGUAAUAUUAUAUGCAAAAGCAACUAUUACAUAUUUUUCAAUUCA